CUCAUAUCACAAUUGUUAUAAAUAAGCCUCUCUCGCCUUGUCUUUAACCAAUUAACCCCUGUCUCAUACCAACACCACACUAUUAAGUACUACUAUCAUUUUUCAACUAUAGCUUCAGUUAUCCUCUCAUCCGAGUGCGUGAGUUAGAGAGAUAACACACAAAAAAACCAUGGUCUCUCACAACAACGGCACCACCACCACCACCACCAACAAUAAUAUGUACAUAGAACAAGGUGGCCAUGGUGGAAAUGUCCAUGAUUUCGACAAAAACCUCGACGACGAUGGCCGUCACAAAAGAACUGGGACGGCGUUGACGGCAAGUGCACACAUAAUAACGGCGGUGAUAGGGUCAGGGGUGUUGUCAUUGGCGUGGGCAAUAGCACAGCUAGGAUGGGCGGUUGGUCCGGCUGUAUUGGUGGCUUUCUCGUUCAUCACAUACAUGACUUCGACGUUUCUCGCCGACGGUUAUCGCUCACCUGAUCCUGUUACUGGCAAGAGGAAUUACACUUACAUGGAAGUUGUCCGAGCCAAUUUAGGUGGCAGGAAAGUUCAACUAUGUGGCUUAGCUCAAUACGUGAAUUUGGUAGGCGUCUCAAUUGGAUACACAAUUACUGCCUCUAUUAGCAUGGUAGCGGUAAAAAGGUCAAAUUGUUUCCACAAGUACGGGCACCAUGUGAAGUGCAACACAUCAAACAAUCCGUUCAUGAUAAUAUUUGGGUGCAUCCAAAUUCUGCUCAGUCAAAUCCCAAACUUUCACGAGCUUUCUUGGCUUUCUAUGGUGGCAGCAAUUAUGUCUUUUACCUAUGCUUCUAUUGGCCUCGCUCUCUCCAUCGCCAAAGUUGUAGGUGGGGGAAUCGCAAGAACAUCAUUAACAGGGGUAACGGUUGGAGUGGACGUGACAGCCGCAGACAAGGUGUGGAGGUGUUUCCAAGCCAUAGGCGAUAUUGCCUUUGCCUAUGCUUAUUCUAAUGUCCUCAUCGAGAUACAAGACACACUAAAAUCAUCCCCUCCAGAAAACAAAGUAAUGAAGAAGGCAUCCCUGGUUGGGGUAUCCACCACCAGCCUGUUUUACAUCCUUUGUGGUUGCUUUGGUUAUGCCGCGUUUGGUAAUGAAGCCCCUGGAAACUUCCUCACUGGAUUUGGAUUUUACGAGCCCUUUUGGCUUGUCGAUUUUGCCAACGUUUGCAUUGCAGUUCAUCUAGUUGGUGCUUACCAGGUUUUCACCCAACCCGUGUUUGGCUUCGUCGAGUCAUGGUCAAAGAAGCAUUGGCCGGAAAACAAAUUCAUAACAAGGGAUCACCCAAUCGAGAUCCCUUUUGGCAAUGGGAUCUACUACUUCAACUGGUUUAGACUAGUAUGGAGGACAUCAUAUGUGAUAGUAACAGCAAUUCUAGCUAUGUUAUUCCCAUUCUUCAACGAUUUCCUUGGGUUAUUAGGAUCACUAUCAUUUUGGCCACUGACUGUGUUUUUCCCCGUCGAGAUGCACAUCUCACAAGCAAAGGUGCCCAAGUACUCGUCAAAGUGGAUAGCUCUAAAAACACUUAGCUAUGCUUGCUUGGUAGUGUCAUUAAUCGCGGCAGCUGGGUCGAUUCAGGGACUUGUUGGUUCUGUAAAGAAAUACAAGCCCUUUCAGGCACAAGAAUGAGUCUCUUUUAACUCCUUUGAUCCUAUUUGUUGUGAAAUAUUUAGCAAAAAUGUAGUGCGACAUUCCAGUAAUGUGGUAAAAGUUUUAGAUCUUUGAUCUCGUUCAGAACAUCUAAUCCUCUAGCAUAAGGUAGUGAUGUAAUUGAAAAAAUUGCAAACCCCUUGUGAAGCUUUGUUGUGUAAUUAGUGGCACUAAAUUAGCUAGAUGAUUGGAAACUUAAAUACAACUGGUUUUCUAAUGUCACAAUUAUGGAUGAAAAUCCUUUACAUUUGAUCAA